CCAUUUGUGAAAAACACGACCCACGCAAACGUAGCAGCAUGGAGGGUCUGCCCGAGAUUAUUAAUUUCAGCCAGGUCCUCGAGCCACACCUCUCCGGGGCCCGCCUGCUCAGCUACCGGGUGAGCAGCCUGACUCAGCCGGGCGAUAACUACGGAAGCGUUCUUCUGGCCAUCGACGCUCAGCUGGAGCUUCCGGGCGGGUCUCUGUCCGAGAAGCAGCUGGUGGCCAAGGUGCCCCCCAGGGACCCUAAGUUCUGGCAGUUCUUCCAGCCCGAACGCACCUGCCUCACAGAGAACGCGGUCUAUCAGAUCCUGGCGCCGGCAGUGACAGCUCUGCAAACGGAGGCGGGCAUCCAGGAGGAGAGCCACUUCGCGGGAUUUCCUCGCUACUAUGGGUCCCGGAUCUCUUUAAAUCCAAACUCUUCGAAAGUGGACGAAAACGCCGUGUUGGUCCUGGAGAACCUGCGCAGCAGCCACUUCGUUCCAGGGCAGAGGCUUCGACCUCUGGACAUGGACCAUAGCCGCAUGGCGCUUCAGUACCUGGCAGAGUUCCACGCCCUUCCCGUGGCCCUGCGGCAGCUGAAGCCCCAUGUGUUCCAGGAGCAGGUGAUUCCCUUCUUCCAAAAAUUCGACUGGCAUGCGGCGGCGCCCGAAUGGAAGGCCGUCAUGAAGGCGGAAACGCUGGAGGACAUCCGGCGCGCCACCAACAACGACCCGGUGUUGGUAUCCCGGGUGAGGGAGCUGUCGGACAAGUUCUUCGAGUUCUUGGCCUCACCGCCCGACAGACCCGAUGGCCCUUUUUCGAGCAUCAUCCACUGCGAUUACUGGAUAAACAAUCUGAUGUUUCAGUACGGUGAGUAUGAUAGCCCCACUCGGCUGAAAAUAAUAGACUUCCAGACGGCCCAGUACGACUCCGUGGGGCAUGACAUAAUCGCGUUCCUGCUAUCAAGCGUUGAUACGGCCAUCGUCGAGAUACACUUCGAACACAUGUUGGAGAUCUACUACGAGGCGUUGGAAGCCUGUCUGCGGCGCGUUGGGGCCGACUUAUCGGGCUACCGCUACUCGGAGUUCCGCGCGGAGGUGAAGCGGGUGGCCUACCUCCAGGUGCCCCACGCCAUCUUCAUGACGCGCUUCAUCCUGGCGGACUCUGCCAGCGAGAAGGAGCUCUCCGACGUGCUGAGGAACCCCGGGUCGGAGCGCAUAGCCCGCAAACUAAGCCAGAUUCUGAGCUUGGCCCAGAAGUUCGACAUUCUGUACUGA